AUGCACGCAUCACUCCUCCUGUCGCUCGCCGCCGUGGCCCGCAUCGCUGCUGCCAAUGCCCUUCCAGGCGCUUUCUUGUGUCAAUUCAACGAUCAUCAUGAUCCUGAUGCCAUACUCGGCGACAUCCAAGCUGUUGCAACGAUGCGGAUGUGGCUCGACUACACACUAUUCAAGGGCGUUUCCUUCCUGCUGCACAGUGUGAUGAACGAGUCCUCGGCGAUGGAGAAGGUUUUGGCGAAUCCUGGCAUCGAUACCUGUUCCCAGAUAUACCUGCACGACGCGCCUAGGCCGAUGAUUGAGCAGGACGAGCUGAUCAAUUCCGCGAAAAGAUCUGUCGUGAGGAGGGAUGCCGUUGCCGCGAACGAGACAGAGGAUAACUACUCUCCCCAUGUCAUGACACAGGUAAACAAGCUACGGGCCGCUGGUUUUACCGGAAAGGGUGUAAAGAUUGCCAUCAUUGAUACUGGAAUCGACUAUAUGCACCCGGCCCUUGGUGGCUGCUUCGGCGAAAACUGCCUCGUCUCCUUCGGCGCCGACUUAGUUGGCGACGCCUUCGACGGCACGAACAUGCCUCACCCUGACCCUUACCCGCUGGAGGAUUGCAAUGGGCACGGUACCGCAGUCGCUGGCGUAAUCGCCGCUCAGCCAAAUGAGUUGGGCUUUACCGGCGCCGUCCCGAAUGCGACCAUCGGCAUGUAUCGAGUCUUCGGCUGCCAGGGUUUUGCUUCCGAUGACGUUAUUGUUGCAGCCUUCAAUCAAGCGUAUGAGGAUGAUGCAGACAUUAUUUCAGCCUCCAUCGGCGAGUCAAGCGGUUGGUCGGGACACCUUACCGCUCUUGCUGCCCAACGCAUCGUUGAAAAGGGGGUCCCUUGUGUGGCAUCGAUGGGAAAUGACGGCUCCAAGGGCCUCUUUAACGCUGCUACCCUUGCGAGCGGAAAGGGGGUAACUGCGGUUGCAAAGUUUAGUAACCACGAGCUUGCCACGCUCCUACACGUGGUCAAGUACAGUAUCGAUGACGGUGAAGACGUCCAGUUUGGCUAUUACCCUACCCAAGCGGACAAAUGGGAUGACGUUACACUCGAGCUUUACGCUCUGAGCACGGACGAUACGAUUUUGGACUCCAAGCACGAUGCUUGCAGCGAACUGCCCGAUACUACCCCCGACCUCAGCAACAACAUUGUCCUUACCCGCGUCGGCAAUUGCUUUUUUUCAACUCAGGCUGCUAACCUUGCGGCAAAGGGGGCCAGGUAUAUCAUCGUGUACAAUGACAUCAAUGCCGCGUAUGAGUUCCGUAUACUCAAUGUUCCCGAGGUCCUUGCCGCAGGAAUGGUACUGAAAUAUGUGGGUGAAAACUGGAUUGAGGCUCUUGAAAAUCGCAAAAAGGUUACCUUGAAGAUGGCCAGCAGUAUUCAUACGGGUAUCGCAUUGAUCUCCAACUUCGAUAACCUUACAGCCGGUUCUGUCGGGCCCGGCACAACAUGGGGACCUACCUGGGAGAUGGAUGUCAAGCCUCAGGUGGGAGCCCCUGGCGACCAUAUCAUAACUACGGCUCCCAUGUCUCGAGGUGGCUAUCGUAUCAGUUCUGGAACUUCAAUGGCCUGCCCACUUGUGGCGUCUAUCAUUGCACUUGUCGGUCAAGUUCGCCGCACAUUCAACCCUGCGUUGAUAAACAGCUUGCUAUCCUCUACCGCCAAUCCGCAGCUUUUCUAUGCCAAUCCAUCCCGUUAUAUCAAUAACAGAACGUUUGAAACCUUUUACGCCCCAGUACCUCAGCAAGGAGGCGGUAUCGUUCAGGCGUACGAUGCCGCUUAUGCGACUACGCUCUUGGAGCCCUACAGCCUAUCAUUCAACGAUACCGACCACUUUUCGAAGUUGGCAAAGGUUAAAAUUAACAAUACGGGCGACAGGGAAAUAACCUACAAUCUCUCGAACGUACCUGCCGUUACCAUGUACACUCUCGAUCCGGGAUCAACGGCGCCGUCCGACUUCCCUAACGAAUUCGUCCAGGCGGCUGCCGUGUUACAGUUUAGCCAGGACACCAUCACGCUGGGCCCCAACACCUCGACUACUUUCCAAGUUCGACCAACUCCUCCUUCUGGUCUUGACGCAAAGCGUUUGCCCUUAUGGUCAGGCUGGAUAGCUGUCAAUGGAACCGAUGGUUCCUCGUUGUCGAUUCCAUACCAAGGCCUGAGCGGCUCGCUCCGGAGCUCGACCGUGCUGAGAUCCAACAGUGCUUGGGUCUCGAACUCCAACAAGUGGAACCAACAAGCCACGAACGUAACCUUUUUCCGCCAAAAAGCUGGUCAGAACAACAGUACAGGCGCUCAACCGUUUGUUGUCGCGAACCUAACACUCGGCACGUCCAUUCUAACUGCGGAUGUUGUGCCCGUGACAUCUGUGUCUAUGAACACAACGACGCGUUGGGGCUUUCAGACAAUCGGCCAACCUUUUGGCUUCCCACUAAGGACUCUUUCUCGUGGGCCUUAUCUGCGCCGUUGGGACGGUCGAGUCGAGUCAGGCGAUCACGCGCCUGAGGGCGAGUAUAAAUUGGUCGUCCGCGCGCUGAGGAUCUUUGGUGAUGCUAAUACGGAGGCCGACUGGGACGUCAGCGUAACAUCAUCGUUCCAUAUCCAUUAUCAGUAG